CCACAGUGUUCUAAGAAUGGAAGCAUCUGGGCUACAUGGAAUUUAGCAUCAAAAAAAAUCCUCUUUCUGUUCAGAAAGUUGUAAAGUGCAUUAAGAUGAAGUAGGCACCAGAAAUCCUUGGCAAUACAAAUGGAAAGACUCAGAGCUGUGAAGUGAAUCAAGAGUGUUCGGUGUUCCUCAGCAAAGCCCAGCUUUCUAACAGUCUGCAGGAGGGCACCAUGCAGAAGUUUAAUGGCCACAAUGCACUUCCCUUUAUUCCAGCUGAGAAGUUGAAUGAUCUUACUUCCCGUGUAUUUAAUGGAGAACUGGGCACUCAUGAUGCCAAAUUGCGUUUUGAACCCCAGGAAAUGAAAGGAAUGGGGACACCACCUAGCACUACCCCUAUCAAAAAUGGCUCUCCAGAAAUUAAGCUUAAAAUCACCAAAACAUACAUGAAUGGGAAACCUCUCUUUGAGUCUUCCAUCUGUGGUGACAGUGCUGAUGUGUCCCAGCCAGGAGAAAAUGGACAAAAGCCAGAAAACAAGGUGAGAAGGAACAGGAAGAGGAGGGUAAAGUAUGAUUCCUUACUGGAGCAGGGCCUUGUCGAAGCAGCCCUAGUGUCUAAGAUCUCAAGUCCUUCUGAUAAAAAGAUUCCAGUUAAGAAAGAGUCCUGCCCAAACACUGGCAGAGACAAAGAGUACCUGUUGAAAUAUAACUUCGGUGAUUUGGUGUGGUCCAAAGUGUCUGGUUACCCUUGGUGGCCUUGUAUGGUUUCUGCAGAUCCACUCCUUCACAACUAUACCAAACUUAAAGGUCACAAAAAGAGUGCACGCCAGUAUCAUGUACAGUUCUUUGGUGAUGCCCCAGAAAGAGCUUGGAUAUUUGAGAAGAGCCUUGUAGCUUUUGAAGGAGAAGGACAAUUUGAAAAAUUAUGCCAGGAAAGUGCCAAGUAGGCACCCACGAAAGCUGAGAAAAUUAAGCUGUUGAAACCUAUUUCAGGGAAACUGAGGGCCCAGUGGGAGAUGGGCAUUGUUCAAGUAGAAGAGGCUGCAACCGUGUCAGUAGAGGGGCGGAAAGCCAAGUUCACCUUCAUUUAUGUAGGGGACCAGCUUCAUCUCAACCCCCGAGUGGCUAAAGAGGCUGGCAUUGCUAUGGAGUUUUCAGGAGAAAUGGCAGGAUCCUCAGGAGUCAGUGAAGAAGCUGCUGAAAACCCCAAGUCUGUGAGAGAAGAGGGCAUUCCCAUGAAUAGAAGGCAGAGAACCAAACUGUGUAGCUCUGCUGAGAACCAGGAGAGUGACUCUGGCACAGUAAGGAACAGUCCUCAAAAGAUGGCAGAGGUGGACCCCAAAAGAGGAGUUGGGUCUCCUCCUGGGAGGAAGAAGGCCAAGGCCUCCACUCCACGAAGCAGGAAGGGAGAUGCAGCAUCCCAGUUUUUGGUUUUCUGUCAAAAGUACGGGGAUGAGGAACUGGGAAGUCUUCCAGAGAAAUGAAUUUAAGUGGUGCCUUCAAGAAUAACCAGUAGUUAGAAGAUAAGGGGAUUUCCAAAAAAAAAAAAAAAAAAAG